CGCCUACUAAUUCCAUCGGAUACAUCGUCAUUCAAAAUGUCACAAAGCCAUGCACUAUCCGACGACCAGGUAUGCGUUUGUCCACCAACCCAGUCCCCCCCGACGGCCGUUCCAUUCUCCCAACCGCCGACUAACCACAACCUCCCCUCAGGUCGCGGGCGAGCUCCGCAAAAUGACCGCGUUCAUAAAACAAGAAGCCCUAGAAAAGGCCCGUGAGAUCCAAAUCAAAGCCGACGAAGAAUUUGCCAUUGAAAAGUCCAAGCUCGUCCGCCAGGAGACUGCCGCGAUCGACACCCUCUACGAAAAGAAGUUCAAACAGGCCGCUAUGUCUCAGCAGAUCACUCGCUCGACGCUCGCGAAUAAGAGUCGCCUGCGUGUUUUGUCUGCGAAACAGGCUGUGCUGGAUGAGCUGUUUGAGCGAGCGAGAGAGAGCCUGAGUGUUGUCUUGGAGGAGGGCCAAAGAAACAAGGCCAAGGAAAAGGAGAGGAAAGAGUACGGGGAGGUUUUGAAGGGCUUGGUGCUCGAAGGACUGUAUGCAUUGAACGAGAAUAAGAUUCAGGUUCGGGCGCGAAAGAAAGAUUAUGACGCGGUCAAGAAGGCUGGCAAGGAGGCGGCCAAAGAGUUCGAAGAGAAAGUUGGCAAGGAGGUUUCUGUGGAACUUGACGAGAGUGAGCCACUUCCGGAAGCAUCCGCGGGUGGUGUUAUCACCGUCGGCGGCGGGGGCAAGAUCGAGAUCAUCAAUACUUUCGAAGAGCGGCUUAGGCUCCUUGAAUCAGACGCGCUUCCGGUGGUUCGAGAAUUGCUGUUCGGCAAGAACGAAAACCGGAAAUUCUACGAUUGAAGCUUUGUGCGGAGUACGCACGCUUUCUUGCUGCUAGGGCUUUUCUUCCUUUCUUUUUUUGGUCUUUCGCUAGAGCUGAGCCACAUUAUAUGUGAUAUUACGCUUUUGUUUGGCUAUGUUCUAAUCUUAUAGCGUCUUUUUCCUACGUAGAGGCUUUCUACUGGUAGUU